AUGAGUGGUCCUGCUCCAAUAAAUGCAACUUCAAAUAUAGUUGCUUCUUCUCAGUAUUCUUUAAACCCUAUUGGAAUGCUAGCAACUUAAAAUAUUUCUUCAAAUAAGCAUGUUGGUGAUACUGUUUAAGGUUCAUUUAUAUAGCAGAAUCCGAAUUCGACUAUACUUUUAAACCCACCACCUACAUAAAGAUCAGUGGCUGAAGACCUCCUUAAGCCUACAAAUACUAUUAAUAUAGAAGAAAAUAGAAAGUUGUAUAUCGGUAAGAUUCCUAAAAAUGUUUCAGACGAUUUCUUGGAGAGACUGUUCAGAUGCUGUGGGUAGCUUCUCAGCUGGAAAAGGUCGACAGAUGCUAAUGGUGAACCUAAGGCUUUUGGAUUCGUAGAAUAUGAGAACAUCGAGUCUGUUUUUGCCUGCCUAAAAAUUAUCAAUAACUUACCCUUACUAGAGUCUAGAUUAAUGGUAAAAGCAAACGAUAAGACCAAUCAGUUCUUGAAUGAUUGGAAAGAGCUUAAAAAAAUGGACUGGAUAAGUUAAUAGGAGAAGGCAGGAAAUACAAUCGAUAAUGAAGAUCUGGAGUAUAAAGAAUAGUUAGGGGAACUAAUGCCCUAUGAAUAAGAGUUAAUCCCAAGCUAUGAUGAUGUUAUAAUAGAAAUCAACAAGACUAUUGAGAAUAAAGACAUAAUAGAAUAAGUUGCGCUUCAAUAGAAAUAAAACGAUACUAAUCCAUUAGCUAAGGCUAAUCUUUUUGACAGUGAUCCUUUUAGUAAAUACAAGGAGCAUGAAAGAGAAUAAAGAAGAGAGAGAAGAGCCAAGAACAUCGAAAAAGAGCGGGAAGCUAAGUUUCUCAAGAAAGUUGAAGAAUGGCUUCUAAGAGAAGUCAACAGAGAAAAAGAGAAAGAAAGAGAGGCAGAACGCGAGAAAGAAAAGCUUAAAGAGAGAUAAAAGCUAAUUGAACUAGAUUUAAAUUAUGACUCUGGAGAGGAAAAGAAGCGCAGAAAAAAGAAUCCCAAAGAAUACUAGAGGUAUCUUGAGGAAAGAAAAAGAAUAAGAGAUAAAGAGUAGGAGGAUGACGAAGCUGAUAGGAAGAAGGAGGCUGAGGAAAUGAUUGAACUUGAGAAGAAGAGAGCUGAGGAGCGAAGAAAGUAAGAAGAACAAAGAAAGCGAGAGGAAGAGAUUAGAGAGAGACUCAAGCUUAAAAGAUUUAUGGAGUUAGAAGAAUAGGAGAGGUAAAGACAGAAUGAAGAGGAUAAUCUUAAAAGGCAAAAAAUUCAUGACCAAGCAGCUUCUGAGCAUUAAUCAGGCAGAGCUCAAAUGCUUCAAAAUUAGAUGGGUGGAUAAUAAAACCAAAAUCAAUAAUAGUAUUAGGACAAUUAUAGCUAUCAGUAGUAGCAAAUGGAUAAAUAUAGUCUCUAAAGAUUUGGAGAUCAAACUAGAUAAAAUGCAUUAGGAAACGCUGAAGAGUACAAAGCAGACUAUGAGAACUAUCAGAUGAAGAAGCAUAAGCCACUGGCUAAACUAUCUGAAAACAUUGUUUAAAAUAUCAGGAAUAUAGAGUCAGAAGUAAGAUCUAAAGGCAGUAGACAUGAUCGAGAUGGAGAAAGAUCAAGAAGAGAACAAAAAGUGAAUCUUAAGGAAUACCUUGAGGAUGACGAAAAGAAAAAAAUCCUUGAAAAGACCAAGGAGCUUUAUGCCAAGCUACCGAAGACAAAGGAGGAUAUCUUUAAAUUCUAGCUGAAUUGGAAUAAUCUGUUUAUGCAUGAUGUGAUUGAAAAAGUUGGAAGACCUUGGAUUGGCAAAAAGGUGAAAGAAUAUAUGGGUGUUGAAGAAUAGGCUGUUGUUCAGCUGAUUAUUAAAAUUUUGAAUUAGAAACCUGAUCAUAUUGGCUUGUAAUCUAAAUUGAAGGAUAUCUUGGAUUAGAAAACUGAAGAGUUUGUAAUGAAGCUUUGGUAAACUAUGGCUUUUGAAUGUAUGAAGGUCGAUGAAGGACUUUAUAAAAUGAAUUGA